AUGAUAAUGGACAAUGAGCAACCCCAUCAGGAAUUGGUAAAAUGCGUCGUGGUGGGUGAUACGGCCGUUGGAAAAACUCGCCUUAUUUGUGCAAGAGCCUGCAACAAGCAUGUUUCUCUAUCGCAACUGUUAACGACCCAUGUUCCGACAGUAUGGGCCAUAGACCAAUACAGAAUUUACAAAGAUGUUUUGGAGAGAUCUUGGGAAGUCGUGGACGGCGUGAACGUUUCACUGAGACUGUGGGAUACAUUUGGAGAUCAUGAAAAAGACAGACGAUUCGCAUACGGACGAUCGGACGUAGUAUUAUUAUGUUUUUCAAUAACGAAUCCGGUGUCUUUGAAAAAUUGCGUAGCCAUGUGGUAUCCGGAAAUCAGACGUUUUUGUCCUCAAACUCCAGUUUUGUUGGUCGGAUGUAAAAAUGAUUUGAGAUACAUGUACAGGGACGAAGUUUAUUUAAGUUUUUUCAAAGACAGGACCACGAGGAAAAGCGAUUUGGUUAUGCCGGAUCAAGCAAGAGCCGUCGCUCGCGAAUUAGGCGUUUACUAUUAUGAAACUUCUGUGUUGACGUAUUACGGUGUGAACGAAGCUUUUGAAAAUGCGAUUCGUGCGGCUCUUUUAGCGCGGAGACAUCAAAGGUUUUGGAUGACGAAUUUGAAAAAAGUUCAGAGACCGUUGCUUCAGGUUCCUUACAUGCCUCCCAAACCAAGUUCACCGGAAAUAUUCGUAACUGCGAGUUCUUACGAUGAAAAUUGCAUGACUAUGUUUUUGGCUCAAGCUCACACGGAUGUUAUAUUAGUUUCCGGUUCGGUUAGAUUUCCAGCGCACAGGUUUGUGUUAGCCGCCGGUUCGCCAUCUUUUCAGCGUCUCUUGCUACUGGAUUUCACAUGCGAUUUACUCGCUCGCAGUUCUAGCGAUUCAAGCAUGACUUCGACCAUCGAAGAAGCUACCCAGGGUGAAUUUAAUAAAGAUACCGAAUACCUCAUAAGAAGCGAAGUAAAACACAACAAUUUCAGAGUUUGGGAUCAAUUGAAACGACGAUCGAGUUGCCAAGUUUUGUCCACGAAUAACAUUCCGAAAAAAGUUUUACACGAAUUAAAUCAUCCCGCAUUCGAGUCGAUAUCGUUAAAACAAUGCGAAGGUCUCGACCACCGAGGCAAAGUCACAAACACCACUCAGACUGUUAUAACACUAACCAAACUAAUAACAUUACAAGCUCUUAAACAGUGCUUGCAAUUUAUAUACAACGGAACGAUCUCAACAAGGAAUCAAAAUGAAUUGCAGGAAAUCCGUCAGGCGGCUGAAUGCUUAGAUUUCCCCGAGCUUUUAGUAUUUGUAUCAAAUAUUUUAACACGAGAAGAAUUUCAAAACACUGAACUUCGUCAGCGCUAUCGACAGGCCGUACGACAAAGACUGAAAGAAUUAUGUAUUCGACAAGGGUUAAUGUCAGACGUGGUAUUUCAACUGGAUGACAGUUCGUUUCCGGCACACCGUGCCAUAUUAAUGGCUCGCUGCGACGUUAUGAAAGCAAUGUUUAGCGGAGAUUUUCGGGAAAGUGCCGCCAAAGUUAUAUUGUUUCCCGGAGUGCGAGAAGAUACUUUUGUUCGCCUUCUUUUGUACAUUUACACGGAUGACAUACCAUUUAUAAAUCCUCUCAGAUGUGUCGACAUAUUAGAACUAGCCAAUAGAUUAUGCCUGCCACGUCUUGUCAAUUUAGUAGAGCAGAGAGUAGUCGAAGAAUUAACACGAUCAUCCGUCACGCAAGAAUGUAACGAUGCACUGGAACACUGUUUGCGUUUAUUAGAAGCAAGCAAGUUGCACAAUGCCGAUCAAUUGGCUGACUGGUGCUUGAAGUACCUUUGUACAAAUUACGAUAAAAUAUGUAAGAAAUGUCCGAAAUUGUUAAAAGGUUUGCAUCCGGAUAAUCAAGAAUAUCUUCGAGAGCACAGAUGGCCUCCCGUAUGGUAUUUAAAAGAAUACGAUUAUUAUGAGAAAUGCGUCGGAGAAAGAGAGAGAGAAGAAAAAACUUUAUUGAAACGAAGUCGGAAAAAUUCAGGAUGUUUAUGUUUUACAUCGAGCAAAUCCAAAGAAGAUAAUCCAGAUGGUAAUCCCGAGGAUAAUCCAACAUUUACGCAACAAGUAAGUUUCUCUCUUUAUUUAAAUAAAUUUAAAAAAAAAAAAAGAUGGACGGUUUUAAUUUUAUUAUUAUUAUUAUUACUUGUAUUUUUUUUCCCCCCCCAGGUUGAAUUGACGGGAGAAACAAUUGAAUCGAACGAAACCGUAUGA